GUUCACCCGACUCUUUGCCUGCCAGCAGCAUCACACUCGUGCAGGAUCGUACAGCUGUCAACAAUCCAUCCAAGCCCUACACCUUUCGCACCAAUGUGGGCUGCAAUCAACUUCCAAAGGAGGUGGCUGGAAAUUUCUCGAAUUACUACGAAGUGCAUAACAUCAAUGGCGGUCGGGGCUGCAGCAUGUUUACAUUCUACAGAGGGGAUAACUGCUACGACCCUACGGGAAUAAGACAAAUCACCACGCAACAAUUGACUGCAUAUGCAUCUGG